AUGUCGCAAACACCUCGUCGCUUCGCUCAAAUUAUCAAGCUCAAGCCAGAGCACCUCGCAGAGUACAAGGAGGUCCACGCCCGCGUCUGGCCAGAUGUCCUAAAGCAAAUCGGCGAGAGCAACAUCCGAGAUUACAGCAUCUUCUACGAUGAUCAGAGCCACGUCCUCUUCGCUUCGUUCAAGUACAUCGGUUCAGACUACAGCGGCGACAUGGAAAGGAUGGCGCAAAACCCUCGUGUUAGAGAAUGGUGGAAGAUGACCGAUUCCUGGCAGGAAAGCCUUAUUCCUGGGGCCGUGAGCUCAGAGGCUGGCGAGCCAUCCUGGUGGAAACCUGUUGAGGAGGUGUUCUACCAGCCCUGA